CCGAGAGAGCUGCCACCCACUUCACAGCCCAGCCACCAUGAGCACACCGGGCUGGGCCAUCUUUUUCCUCCUCUUCUGCCUGCCUGCCCUCGCCGAGGCAAAGCGCCAAAGCGGCGAAGCAAACCCCACCAAGCCGCACAAGCCUCCACCGUCCCCUCAGCCUGCCAGAAGGCCCCACAACCGCUCCGUGCCCGGCUCCGGGACCCUCACCACCAAGGAGGGGCACCGCUGUACCUGGGAGACGUCUGGGCAGGGCCAGGUGAGCCUGCUGGUCAGCUGCAGCGUCCACUCAGAGGGGGAACAGCAGAGGUACUGGUGUCGGUAUGCCGGCAAACCGGACCAGUGCCAGGCCUACAGCGCCAAGUCCAGCCAGUACUGGAAGCAGCUGGUGGGGAAGCUGAAGAAGAGACACAAUGCCUGUGAAGGAGAAAAAAUCCUGAAGGCCAAAACCUGUAAGAAGGCACCGGCGGAGGCUCACAUGAAGCUUGCCCAGCGUAGCGGGGAGGAGACUGCGGCCGAGAGGAAGGGAGGGCAGGCAGGAGGGAAGAGGAGAGAGCCUUCUGAUGGAGGGGAAGCAGCGAGGAAGAAGAAGGAAGUGGAGGAGGAGAAGAGAAAGAGGGAUGAGGGCACUGGGUUUGUGGAGGACGGGGUGGUGAACGACAUGGAUCCGGUUCAGAGUUACUGUGCCGAGGGAUGGCACUCUGUCUGCUCCUUCUUUGUCAAGUUCUUUGAGGGAUGAAGGGAGAGAAGUCAAACUGGCUGCGUGACGUCACAAUCUGAGCCGUAAGAGUUAGAAUUAGAGUAACCCUUAGUUCCCCCG